AUGAAUAAAUUUAAUGAUUAUGAGUUUGGCAAAGAGUGUGAAGGGAUCGUUUGGGAUUAUAUUUAUAAUCCACCAAGAAAAAUAAGAACAAAAUUUUAAAUUCUUUAAAUGAAUGAAAAAGAGGUUGGAUACAUAUUGGAAGGAAAUUAUUUGAGGAUGUAUUUAUGCUUUUUGAAUAUUAGUGAUAAAAUUAUUGGUUCAUCAAACAAGCCUUAUCUUCUGACCUGUUUAGAAUAAAUAAAACAUUUGUAAUGGAUUGGAUAAUAUGAAUAACAUAACUUAAAAUCUGGUAAAUGGAUAACUAGAUGGAAUGGGGAGACUUUAGAAAAUGUUGGAGGAGGUUACUCUAAGGAAGGAAAAAAAUAAGGAUAAUGGAAAGAAAUAAAUGAGAAUUAUUGGAAGUAAUGUUUAUUGUACUGAAUGUUAGUAAGGCCUAAAUUUAUGAAGAGGGGAAUUAUGUUGAUGACUAAAGGUAAGGGAUAUGGAAGUAUGUUUAAGUAGAUAAAGAAAUGUAUUACUUAUUUAAUGUAUAUUUAGUGGAGGAGGAUAAUAUAAUUAGUUAGGAGAAAGGGAUGGAAAAUGGAUUUAGUUGAGUUAAGGAUAUUGGGAUUUUUCUUAAGUAAUUGAUUGUGGCUUAUAUAAAAAUGGAUAAAAGAUUGGCAGAUGGGACAUCUUGUAUAGGAAGAAAGGGAAGGAAUAAUUUUAAUAAAUGUAACAUUUUGAGAAUAAAUUAUUAGAGGUGGUGGCUUAUAUGAUGAACUAAGCUCAAUUAAAAUAGGAAAAUGGGUUGAGUUAAGUAAUGGGUUUUAUGACUUAUCUGAAGUCACUUAUAAGGGAGAAUAUAAAAAUGGCAAAAAAGUUGGAAUUUGGUAGAUUUCAUUUUUAGAAAACUAGAUGUAAAAUUUUUGAUUAAAUAUUAUUAUUUUUAAGUGGUGGUGGAUCAUAUGCUGAAGGAGGCUAGCUUAAGGUUGGAAGAUGGACUGAAUAAAGUGAUGGGUUUUAUGUUGAUUCUUAAGUAAUUUAUGAAGGUGAAUAUAAAAAUGGUGUAAAAAUUGGUCGAUGGAAUAUUUCUUAUAAGGAUAGGAAGUCAAAAUAAACUUAAUAAAUGUAAAUAAUUUCGAAUAAUCUUUUCUUAAGUGGAGGUGGGUCUUAUGAUGGAGAGGAGUCAAAAUAAAUUGGAAAAUGGAUUGAAUUAAGCGAUAGCUUUUAUGAUUUAUCUCAAAUUAUUUAUAAUGGCGAAUACAAGAAUGGUAAAAAGGUUGGCAGAUGGGACAUUUUAUUUAGAGGGGACUUUGAUGAGGAAUUUAAAUAGAUGUAUUUUUUUGUAAAAGAAACCUUAUAGUGGUGGUGGGUUGUAUGAUGAAGGAGGUUCCUUCAAGAUUGGUAGAUGGAUUGAAUCAAGUGAUGGAUUCAAAACUUGGUCUCAAGUCACUUUUGAUGGUGAAUAUAAAAAUGGUGUAAAAGUUGGCAAAUGGGGUACAUUCUAUAAGGAUGUGAGUUCAAAAACAAAUGAAUUAAUGUAAGGUUUAUAUAAAAUAAUAUAGUGGUGGAGGAUCAUAUGAUGAAGGUCAUUCACUAAAGGUUGGUAAAUGGAUUGAAUUAAGUGAUGGGUUUGCAUGGAAUUCAUAAUUCACGUAUUAAGGUGUUUAUAGAGACGGUAAAAAAAUAGGAAGAUGGGAUACUUACUUCGAAUUUGGAGGAAACCGAUAAAUGUAAAAUUAUAUAUUUAAGAAUACAAUUUGUUUAGUGGUGGUGGAUUCUAUGAUGACGAAGGUUAUGGAAUUAAAAUUGGAAAAUGGAUAGAGUUAAGUUUAGGGUUUAGGGAUGAUUCAUAAGUUACUUAUAAGGGUGAAUAUAAAAAUGGUACAAAAGUUGGAAGAUGGGAUAUCUUUUUUUUGGAAAAUUAAAUGUAAAGCUAUAUUCUUAAUUUGAAGUGGUGGUGGAGAAUAUGAUGAAAAAGGCAAUGGAUUUAAGAUUGGAAAAUGGAUAGAAUUAAGUAGUGGAUUUGUUAGUUGGUCGUAAAUCACUUAUAAAGGUGAAUACAAAAAUGGGAAAAAAAUAGGCAGAUGGGAUACUUUUACUAGAGAUAGAAAUACCAAAAAGGAUCAAUUGAUGUAAAUAUAAAUAAAAAAGUCCAUUAUAGUGGUGGCGGAUCAUAUGAUCAUGGGAGUUAAAUUUAGAUUGGAGAUUGGAUUGAAUUGAGUGAUGGGUUUUAAUGUGACUCUUAAGUAAUAUAUAAGGGUGGAUAUAAAAAUGGUUAAAAAGUAGGUAGAUGGAAUAUUCUAUUUAGAGGGCCAUAUUGUGCGGAUUUUAGAUAAAUGUAAACAUUAAUAUAAGUUAAAUUUAUAGUGGAGGUGGAUUCUAUGACGAAGAAUGUAUUGGUGUUAAAAUAGGCAGAUGGAUUGAGUUAUGUGAUGAAUUUUACGAUUAUGCAUAAAUCAUUUAUAAUGGUGAAUACAAAAAGGAUAAAAAAGUGGGCAAAUGGGAAAUUUGUUUUAGGGAAAAGGACAAAGAUGAAUUCGAAAAAAUGUAAAUAUUCCAAAUCUACUUUUUUAAGCGGUGGUGGAUAUUAUGAUGAUUCAGUAAAUGGAUGCUCAGUUAAGAUUGGUAACUGGACUGAAUUGAGUGAAAACUUUGGUGACGGAUCAGGAUAAUCAAAAAUUACUUUCAAUGGUGAAUAUAGAAAUGGGUAAAAAAUUGGUAAGUGGAUUUAAAUAGAUUUAUAUUGGAAUUAAAAUUGCGGUGAAAUAUAUUAUGAGAAUUGA